AUGUCCGCGGGCGAAAUCCUGAGGGCAGAGCUAUCUUCCAGGACGCCGCCGUUCGGCCUGCGGCUAUGGGUUGUGAUUGGCAUCUGUAUCUGGGCGUUAAUCCUGUUCGUACUCGGUUUCAUGUGCUUCUGGUCCGUACACCGGAGGAACAAGAAGCCGGGCAACAACAAGCCCUGCUGCGAUAAGAUUCCGGUGUCCCAAAUCCCGGACGUCUCCAAGGAGAUUGCGGUGGACGAGGUGCGGGAGCAGCACGCCGCCGUUGUCCACAACCUCCGCGCACAGGAAAGCCAUCACGCACUGGCCGUGCAGGUGCAGGAGAAGCACUACGCCGAGAAGGAUUCAGGGAAAAUGCUGGCGCACCUGGUUAGGAGCAAGUCGAGCGAUGCUGAUAAUCUGAGCCAGUGCAGCUCCGCAGCGUACCAGUGCGAAAGGGCUGGGAGCUCAUACUCUGGCGACGAAGGUAGCUCGGGCAAUGCGAGGAGGCAGUAUGCUCAGUAUGCGACCGUUUCCGCGUCGCCGUUGGUUGGUCUCCCAGAGUUCUCGCACCUGGGUUGGGGCCAUUGGUUUACUUUGAGGGAUUUGGAGCACGCGACGAAUCGGUUUUCUAAGGAGAAUGUCAUUGGGGAAGGCGGGUAUGGAGUUGUUUACCGUGGUCGCCUCAUAAAUGGUACUGAUGUUGCAAUAAAGAAGCUCCUUAAUAACAUGGGUCAAGCAGAAAAGGAGUUCAGGGUUGAAGUUGAGGCAAUUGGACAUGUCAGGCAUAAGAAUCUUGUCCGCCUUCUUGGAUAUUGCGUCGAGGGAAUACAUAGGAUGCUUGUGUAUGAGUAUGUGAAUAAUGGAAAUUUAGAGCAGUGGCUUCAUGGUGCAAUGCGUCAGCAUGGUGUUCUUACUUGGGAAGCCCGGAUGAAAAUCGUUCUUGGAAUUGCUAAGGCGCUUGCUUAUUUACAUGAAGCCAUAGAACCAAAAGUUGUGCACCGUGAUAUCAAAUCUAGUAAUAUCCUAAUUGAUGAAGAAUUCAAUGGCAAGCUUUCUGAUUUUGGAUUGGCCAAGCUCUUGGGUGCAGGGAAGAGCCAUAUCACAACUCGAGUUAUGGGAACUUUCGGGUAUGUGGCCCCUGAAUAUGCCAACACAGGUCUGUUAAAUGAGAGGAGCGAUGUCUACAGUUUUGGGGUGCUACUACUGGAAUCAGUAACUGGGAGGGAUCCAGUUGACUAUGGUCGGCCUGCUAAUGAGGUGCAUCUGGUUGAGUGGCUCAAAAUGAUGGUUGGCACGAGAAGAGCUGAGGAAGUGGUGGAUCCUGACAUGGAGUUGAAACCUACCACUCGGGCUCUGAAGCGUGCCCUUCUAGUGGCACUGCGGUGUGUUGACCCAGACUCUGAGAAAAGACCCACUAUGGGGCAGGUUGUUCGGAUGCUCGAGGCAGAAGAUGUCCCGUCGCGAGAGGACCGUCGGAGCCGGAGGGCCCACAGCAGUAACGCAGACAGCGAGUCUAAGGCAAGCUCAAGUGAAUUCGAGAUAAGCAGUGAUCGAAGAGAGUUGGGACCGUCCGCGAGGUUUCAGUCCUAA